AUGGGGGAAAUUUCCAAAAAAAAAAUGUAUAUUUUAGGAAUGGAAGGAAGUGCUAAUAAGUUAGGAAUAAGUAUAAUAGAUGAAGAAAUGAAGAUACUUGUAAAUAUGAGAAGAACAUAUGUAUCAGAAAUAGGAUGUGGUUUUAUUCCUAGAGAAAUAAAUGCUCAUCAUAAAUAUUAUAUAAUUGAUAUGAUAAAAGAUUGUUUAAAUAAAUUAAAAAUAAAAAUAACAAAUAUAGGAUUAAUAUGUUAUACUAAAGGACCAGGUAUUGGUUCAGCAUUAUAUGUAGCAUAUAAUAUAUCAAAAUUAUUUUCUUUAUUAUUUAACAUACCAGUUAUAGGGGUAAAUCAUUGUAUUGCUCAUAUAGAAAUGGGAAUAUUUAUUACAAAAUUAUAUCAUCCAAUUAUUUUAUAUGUUAGUGGAAGUAACACACAAAUUAUAUAUUAUAAUAAUUAUAAAAAAAAAUAUGAAAUAAUAGGAGAAACUUUAGAUAUUGCUAUUGGAAAUGUUAUUGAUAGAUCUGCUCGAAUUUUACAAAUUUCAAAUUCCCCAUCUCCUGGAUAUAAUGUAGAAUUAUGGGCUCGAAAAAAAAAACUAUUAAGAUUAUUACAAAAGAUUGAGGCAAAAGAAGGGGGAACUUGUGUUAAGCAGGCCAAUGGGAAAACUUAUCAACAUGGGCAACAUGGGCAACACAGCAAUGAUGUUGGUGGUGAUGGUGGUGGCGACGCGUUGGCUUCUAGCCCCAAAGAUGGUUCUUCAGUAAAAUUUAGUAAAAAAGAAAAUCAGCUACAAUCUGCUAUAUAUUAUAAUGAACUAUUACAAUUCCCAUAUACAAUUAAAGGUAUGGACAUAUCUUUUAGUGGAUACGAUUUUUAUAUUAGCAAAUAUUUUUCAAAAUAUAUAAAUAAAAAUAGCAAAAAGGGUAAUCCUCAAUAUAAAAAUAAUAAGAAAAAAGGAACCAAUCAAAUUAAUAAAGAUGAAGAUAAUAAAAAAAAACAAAAAAUAAAUGAAAAUAUGUCUCCACAAAAUUAUAAUAAUCAAAAUGCAACUAUUGUAAAUGAUGACACUCUAACUUUGGAAGAAGAGCUAUGCCAAGAUUAUAAAAAUGGUGAUAAAGCAGGCACGAAUCCAAACCAUGGCCAAGAAGACCCGAACAAAAGUAGCGAUAAACCAGGCACGAAUCCAAACCAUGGCCAAGAAGACCCAAACAAAAGUAGCGAUAAAGCAGUUACGAACCCAAACCAUGUAUCACCCAAUUAUAGUUUCUUACACGGAAUGAAAGGAAGCUCUUAUUAUGAAGAAAAUAUUGUAUAUAAAAAUGAAAACAAACAAAAUUAUGGUCAAAAUAGUGAAUAUUCUGAUGAUAAUUGUUCAAUAGAAACAAGUUCAGAUUAUUAUGAAAAAGAAUUAGAAGAAAAUAUAUCUGAAGAAGUUGAAGCUUUAAAAUUAAGUGAUGAAGAAAAAAGAAAAAUUCAAAUAUGUUAUAGUUUACAACAUCAUAUAUUUAGUAUGCUAAUUGAAAUAACUGAAAGAGCUAUUGCAUUUACAAAUAGUAAAGAAGUAAUUAUUGUAGGGGGUGUUGGAUGUAAUGUAUUUCUUCAAAAUAUGAUGAAAAAAAUGGCAAAACAAAAAAAUAUAAAAAUCGGGUUUAUGGAUCAUAGUUAUUGUGUAGAUAAUGGUGCUAUGAUUGCUUAUACUGGAUAUAUAGAAUAUUUAAAUUCAAAAAAUAAAAAUAAUUUUAAUUUUGAUAAUAUAUCUAUUCAUCAGCGAUAUCGAACAGAUGAUGUUUAUGUUACAUGGCGAUAA